UCAUGGCGGAUCGGAAGAGGAGGAGAGAGGAGGAGGAGGAGGUGGAGCGGGUGAAGGCUCUGCUUCGCGAAAGGAAGCUGGAUCUGAGUCCUUUUCGGGAUGCUGACUACGAACAUUUGGCCAGCCACGGCUUCUUGACGGCGCAGGUUUUCGAAGUGGCGACAAAGGAGGAUCUGGCGAGUGUUCUACCGGGACGCGCAGGAAUCGUCGGGUUGCUGGUGGAAUCAUUCAGGCGUGGUAAGGCGGCUACAGAGAUUCCCCCGAAUUUGGUGCCCUUCUCGGAUGUGGUUUGCGACUUCGCGCUUCCGUUCAGAGGUCGAGACGGCCUCGUGCAGAAGCUCGCAGAGACGAUUGACAGGAACUUCACCACUUUCGCAUCUAGUGGGAUUAGCAGAGAGCAGGCGCUCUUCAUCACUCUGGAGGGCCUUGCUGGAGUGGGGAAGACUCGAUUCCUUUUAGAGACCAAGGAGCGUGUUGGAGAGGCGCUUAAAGGCAGGGCAUCAGCAUUGCAGGAGCUUCAUCGUGUUGGAGCUACGGCAGCGGUGUACAUCACCUUCAAUGGCUCGGCUGUUGGCCAUUCAUCACCUCAUUUUCUGCAUCCGGCUUUUGUGGCAAUCUGUAAGGAGAGAGGUGGUUACCAUUCUGGCCGGGAUUUUCUGCGGGUGUCUGUAGUUUCGCAGAUACUGUAUGGCAAGCCUUGGGGUGCCUUACCGUCUGCGCUGCAGAAUGAGAUCCUUGCGGGAGAUGACUGCGUGUCUGUGCAGAAGGUUUCAGCUCAUGUGAGGAAAGGGCUUGCGGUAGCGGAGAAUCAGAUGGUUGCCUUGUACCUUUUGGUGGAUGAGUCACAGCAACUGGGAAGGGACGUGAGUGCCGCUGGCUGUGAUGGUGAAGCCUUCCUGAAAGGCAUGUUUUCCUGGUUAGUGACAGUCAUGACUUCCUCAGCUGGAAACUCCAUCGCCAAGGACUGCAACAUUGGCUUUAUCACUCUUCUAGCAGGAACAGUUCUUCCUGUAGGCGGAAAGUACGGGGUAACAGACUGGCUCAAGGUGAACGUCACACUACCUCCCUUGGAUUUGAAAUCGGCGCUGGAGCUGGAAAUACUCCUAGAAGACUGCGGCUGUGUCCCGAGGCUGAUUCAAUACAUUUACACUGCAUGGUUACAGGCCCAGGGUCUGGAACUUCCAGCAAGGGAUUUCAUUGCGCACUUACGAACUUCCGUGAUUCUGCAGCUGCAGCCAUCUGUUGAUCGAGUCAUGCGGGAAAACCUCGACAACGUGAAACGAAUGAUUCGGCUUUGCCUCACUGGGGUGGUGAUGCCAAGGCCACCUGUUGGGCAGAUGACGAGGGAGGAAGAAGCGUGUUUCAGCGGUUAUGUGUAUUCUGAAGAGGUGGAAGGCGGUGGAGUUGUCUAUAAGAGCCCGAUGUUACUUAUUCAUGCGCUUGGACUGAGGUUGGGGAUCCCAGAGAGGGUAGUAGCUCUCAGGCCCCAGCCAGCAGUAGGUGACGUGCUGGAGGAUGGCUUUUUGGACAUGCUGCAUGCCAGGUUCUGGGUGUUGGAAGGCCGAACGCUUUCUCUUGGUGAGAUCUUUCCGGGGGCCGUUGGGAACAAGAAGCUGGUUGACACCAGAGUUGUGGUUGCGGCUCGGGGUGACGGAGUGGUUGAAGAGAAGUAUCAGUUUUAUGAUCCGCAGCUGAAAAGGUUUUAUAGCCCAGGUGAUCAACAAAUGAUUGGAGCGGACAGGAGACUCCAUGUGCACCCAACUGAGGCACAACCCACAGGCGCUGGUUUCGUGUUCAAGUGCAAAAAGGGGACGGCAUGCACGGAUGGGAGAGUGUUCUUGAUUGGUGUGGACGGGGAGGUGUACGAGUUCUGGUUCCAGCUCAAGGGACAGGAAGGCCGCGUGAGUCGGGACGAAGUGGCCAAGUGGGCUAGAGCUGCAAAUUCACCUUUGAAGUACGUAGAAGGAAGGAAGAAGGUGUAUGUUUUGUGCAGUAGGCAGGGCUUUAGUUUCCAGGACCCAUGCGAGGAGGGUGAUGUGCUGCUCGUGGAUCUAGUUAACAUCAUGCAAGGGUUCUUAAGAAGGUGCAAUUGGUAAUUUUAUUGAGAACCAAGAAAGGAAUGUGAGGUCUAAGUGUUAGCUUUUUGGUUUGCUUAAGUAAUAAAUAUACCUAAAAUAUGCUUGGA